AUCCUACUUAAAUAACAUAUCCGUUCUCUCACACAUUCUGCUGAAUUGUCUAUUACAGAAUGCCUCUCCUUUUCUGUCCUUUUUUCCCCCCACUAAGCGUUGAGUAGAAAGAAACCAAUGUGUUUGCCAGCAGUGACAGUUCUCAGUCUCCGGCUACCUUUGUCUCCCUCCAAAUGUUGCUUAUGCUGUUUUCAUUGUUAAUAUGACCACCAUAGCCUAGUGAAGUACAUUCAGCCCCUCUGCUUCAACUGCGUUCUGCUCAUGCUGUCCUGGGAUGUGACCCUGUAGUUUGGUUACAGCCCAAUAACGGCCAUGUUGAAAUGGAGCAGCUGUCUCUUGGGAGUUUGAAAAAAAGGAAGGGGGGUUGGAAAGGGAUGUGUGUGAAGGAGGAGGAAAAAACCCACCCAUUCCUUUGGAAUCGGUUCCCAUCCAGAGUCAGACACAGUCUCAGAGCCCUGACAUGGCUUGAGUGAGGAAACCAGGGUUUGAUGGAGGGGAAAAUAGAUUACUGAGAUUACUAAGAAAUGAAAAAGAAGACAGUAAGUAGUGACAUCUUAAGAGGAGAACAGAUAAAAAAACCAAGGCAAGAAAAACUGUCUAGGAUAACUAAAGAUAGCAGUAGGAUUAGCAUACAGUAGGGACUAGGCAGUGCCAAUCAUCUGCAGUGCAGACAGACGUGAUGUAGCAUUUUCCCUGAAGCAGAGUCUCCCAGUGAUGGCUGCCUGACGAGGGCUGAUGACGAAUGACGUGUGUGUGUCGAGGGAGGAGGAAGUGUCAGCUCAGAGGACGACAGAGGAAGCAGUCUUCAGCGUGUGUCUGUGUGUGUGUGUGUGUGUGUGUGUGUGUGUGUGUGUGUGUGUGUGUGUGUGUGUGUGUGUGUGUGUGUGUGUGUGUGUGUGUGUGUGUGUGUGUGUGUGUGUGUGUGUGUGUGUGUGUGUGUGUGUUUGUGACAGACGAGCCCCGAUCUUCUUCUUCUCCUCAUGAGGCUCGUUUAGAAACCAACUCAUCUUCAGGAAACUGUUGGCUUAAGGAGUCAGGACAGUACCCCUCCACCUCCAGCCCACCACCGCCGCCACCAUGCUGCAGCAAAUCUUAAAGGACAUGUACAUUGACCCAGAUGUGUUGGAGGCCCUAAAUGAGGACCAGAAAAAGACCCUGUUCCUGAAGAUGAGAGAGGAGCAGGUGCGGCGCUGGACAGAACGUGAGGAGAAAGAAGCGGACCAUAGGCCAAAGUCAAAGACAGCCAACAGUAAGAAAGUGAGCUGGUUGCUGGGCAGGGACGGAGAUGUGGCGGUCAUGGCGAUUGGAGAGGUGGACGAGCUGAAGACCUCCAAACUCAUCUGCACUGGGCCUGCGGAAAGAAGAGCACCACCAAGCCUGCACAAUAACACACUCCACCAGACAACUUCCCUGAAGAGCAACCUGGUAAACAGACCAGCCUCAGAACCUGUCAGAACUCGGAGAGAGGAUCUGCCUCCCAAAACACAGUCAGGGAUACAACUCAAUUUAAAGGAGAACAGUGAGGAAGUGAGGACAUUGCCCCCUCUACAGGGGGCAGUGAGAGAGCAGCAGCCACCCGCAGCAGUUGAAAAACAGGCUGAGUUGGAGGAGGAUGUAGAAGUAGGUGGUCCACAGGAAAACCCAGUCCUCCUGUCCUACAGACCUCACCCCAGAGCUGGCCCUUCCAACCUGAGGCUGGGUAUCCCCAAGACCAUCACACAGUUCUCUGUAGCAAGCUCCACUCCAUCCCCAGACCCCACUGACAAACCGUCUCAAGUCCCCAAGACCAUAACCCCUGUCCCUACCAUCACACCGUUUUCUGUCCCCAAAACCAUCACACCGCCUGCUUUCCCUAGCAUCAUAACACCAUCCCCUGUAACCAACAGUGUCACACAAUCUCCUGUCCCCAGCAGCAGUGUCACACCGUGUCCUGUCUCCAGCAGCAGUGUCACACCGUCUCCUGUCCCCAGCAGCAGUGUCACACCGUCUCCUGUCCCCAGCAGCAGUGUCACACCGUCUCCUGUCCCCAGCAGCAGUGUCACACCAUCUCCUGUCCCCAGCAGCAGAGUCAUACCGUCUCCUGUGCCCAGCAGUAAUGCCAUCAGAGCUGUUCUAGAAAAGAGCACUGCCAAAUCACACGCUUCAGAGAAGACCGUCACACUGUCCCCUGUCCCUAGUCCCAUCACACUGUCCCCUGUCCCUAGUCCCAUCACACUGUCCCCUGUCCCUAGCCCCAUCACACUGUCCUCUGUCCCAAGCAGUGUCAAAACAUCUCCUGUCCCCAGUGUCUCACCCUCCCCUGUCCCCAGUACCACUUGGUCCCCUGUCCCCAGUACCACUUGGUCCCCUGUCCCCAGUACCACUUGGUCCCCUGUCCCCAGUACCAAUUGGUCCCCUGUCCCCAGUACCAAUUGGUCCCCUGUCCCCAGUACCACUCGGUCCCCUGUCCCCAGUACCACUCGGUCCCCUGUCCCCAGUAUCACUCGGUCCCCUGUCCCUAGCAUCUAUACACCAUCCCCUUUCCACAGGACCGUCACUCCAUCCCCUGUGGCUAGCAGCACGGCCAUAAGAGAAGCUCUAAAGAAGAGCACCACCAAAACACAUGCUCCAGAGAAGACCACUGUCACACCGCUGUCCGCUUCAACCAGACUCCACCCCCAGGAGACGCCCAGCAGCAGAGAUAUCCGUGUGAUGGCAGCCUCUCGCAGGACCAUGUCUGAGGAUGUGGUGUCUGAUGGGGGCGGGGACACCUGUACAGGGCGUGGCCGGGUGGCUCAGCUCAUGAAGACCUUCAGUGUGACAUGCCCCACCCCCUCCACACAGACCCCUCUCCCCCACGGCAACAAGCCCUCCAUCCCCACCAAACCCAGCCACCUGCGUCUCGUUGCCAGCCCCUCACUCAGGUAAUCCACAGGACAGGACCAGAUAACCAGGCCCACCGCCUGUCCCCCAUUCCAUCCCCACCCAGGCCCCACUGGACAUUGCUGGACAUCCAGCCUGGGGCCUCAGCCACUGGGGACAGGCAUGGAGGCCACAUGAGUCUCUCAGGAACACAACCAAACGUUUGACUCGAUUGCUAUUACUCCAAAAGCAAUGCAAUGGUAUAGAGAUUUUAACAUGUUUACUUUUGUUUACUUUUUAAAAAUGUUUACCAUGUUUUAUUUUAAAUUGUACAGUACUGUAAAUUCUCUCUGUGGGAAAGGCGAACCAAUAGCUUUGAUCGUAAACAGCAUCUUCCUUUGUAACCUGCUUUUGCCUUUUUAUAUUCACAAAGGUAUUGGGUGCUUCCACUAAUUAGAGGCCUUUUGAGUAGUGUAACUGAGUUUUAUUUCAUUUUAACAUUCCGUCAAUGUUCAACUUAAUAAAAAACAUGUUUUCCCGUC